AUGGCUUCCAUUCAAACCCAAAUGCUCUCAUUCUAUGCGAUAUUUCUAUCCAUUCUCUUAACAACAAUCCUUUUCUUCAAGGUGAACUCAACCGAAACCACUUCCUUCCUGAUCACCAAGUUUGGUCCAGAUCAACAAAACCUAAUCUUCCAAGGAGAUGGCUAUACCACCAAAGAGAAGCUGACACUGACCAAAGCAGUCAAGAACACUGUUGGCAGAGCUCUCUACUCCUCACCUAUCCAUAUCUGGGAUAGCACUACAGGCAACGUUGCUAACUUCGUAACUUCCUUCACUUUUGUCAUAAAUGCACCCAACAGUUACAACGUUGCAGACGGGUUCACGUUCUUCAUCGCACCAGUGGAUACUAAGCCGCAGACUGGCGGUGGAUAUCUCGGAGUUUUCAAUAGCAAAGAUUAUGAUAAAACUAGCCAAACCGUUGCUGUGGAGUUUGACACUUUCUAUAAUGCGGCUUGGGAUCCAAGCAACCGAGACAGACAUAUUGGAAUCGAUGUUAACAGUAUCAAAUCCAUAAAUACGGUGUCGUGGAAGUUGCAGAAUGGUGCAGAGGCUAAUGUUGUGAUAGCUUUCAAUGCUGCUACUAAUGUGUUAACUGUUAGUUUAACUUAUCCUAAUUCACUUGAGGAAGAGAAUGUAACUAGUUAUACUCUUAACGAAGUUGUGCCUUUGAAGGAUGUUGUUCCUGAGUGGGUAAGGAUUGGUUUCUCAGCUACCACUGGAGCAGAAUUUGCAGCACAUGAAGUUCUUUCAUGGUCUUUUCAUUCUGAGUUGGGCGGAACUUCAGCUUCUAAGCAAGCUGCAGAUGCGUAG